AUGAGGGCUUGUGAGGAGAGAAGACAGUUAAAGAGAGGAAAUGAGGAGAAGAAGGAGAGGGAGCUUCCCUCAAGCUGUCGUCGUAAUGCCAUGGAGCCCGAACUAGUAAUUGGUGCCAAGCGGAAAGCAUCGGAGGAGGCGCUCUCCCCAGAUUCCCAUAAGAAGGCGCGCACUGACUCUCCCGAGAGGGAACCCAAGACCGAAGAUGACCUCCUGGAUAAGCCACCGAGAAUCGUUCCCUUCCCGGAGAAGCCUGCAGUACUGGAGGAACGUCGCGGCGAUAUCGAGUUUCGUGUAGUCAACAACGAUGGUUCGCGCGACAGUUUUGUUGUCCUUACAGGUCUCAAAUGUAUCUUUCAAAAACAGCUCCCGAAGAUGCCCAAAGAUUAUAUCGCGCGAUUGGUUUACGACAGGUCGCAUCUUUCCUUGGCCAUCGUCAAACACCCUUUAGAAGUUGUGGGAGGGAUCACAUACCGGCCGUUCAACAGCCGCAGGUUCGCCGAGAUCGUUUUCUGUGCCAUUUCGUCCGACCAGCAGGUUAAAGGAUACGGUGCGCACUUGAUGUCCCAUCUCAAGGAUUAUGUGAAAGCCACAUCGGACAUCAUGCAUUUCCUGACCUACGCCGACAAUUACGCCAUUGGUUACUUCAAAAAACAAGGGUUCACCAAAGAGAUUACUCUCGACAAGUCCGUGUGGAUGGGAUACAUCAAAGAUUACGAGGGUGGUACAAUCAUGCAGUGCACCAUGCUCCCUAAGAUACGGUACCUCGAGGUUGGCCGCAUGCUUUUAAAGCAAAAAGAAGCUGUACACGCGAAAAUCCGGGCCUUCAGUCGCUCACAUAUAAUUCACGUGCCCCCAAAGGAAUGGAAGAAUGGUCCGUGCAAGAUCGACCCAUUAAGUAUACCAGCUAUCAAAGAGUCGGGAUGGUCGCCGGACAUGGAUGAACUAGCACGUCAACCACGCCACGGACCCAACUACAAUCAGCUGCUGCAUCUACUCAACGACAUGCAGAACCACAGCGCGGCAUGGCCCUUUACUCAGCCAGUCAAUCGCGACGAGGUUCCUGACUAUUACGAAGUCAUUAAGGAGCCCAUGGACUUGUCCACCAUGGAAGAGAAGCAUGAGAAGGACAUGUACCCUACGCCGCAAGAUUUUAUUAAAGACGCUAUGUUGAUAUUUGAUAACUGCCGGAGGUACAACAACGAGAACACGCCCUAUGCAAAGAGUGCCAAUAAAUUAGAGAAAUUCAUGUGGCAACAGAUACGAAAUAUUCCGGAGUGGUCGCACUUGGCCGAUGGUCACUGA